AUAUUUGAGUUCUUUGUGAGUUGCUGAAAUUCUGGGCUUCUGGGACACAAAAGCCAGGCUGAGCUUUCCUAACUAGAGUAUGUGCGAAACCUCCAACUAACUGCCUGGAAUAUACACAUUUUGGAAAAUUGACAGAAAAUGCUCCCUAGCAACACAGCUAAAUAGAAUGGGCUUCUCGGGAAACAUUCUAAGAGGCAACAAGAUCCCAAAGCAGAAUUCCGAAAAGAAAGAAAAUGAAUAAUCAGCUUUCUUCUGCUCUUCACAGCUUCCCCUCUACCUAGUGAACAACCAGCAAAGGAGCUGCGUUGUUACAAGAUGCACACUGGGGAGCAGAGCGGCAGCUGGUGUACAGGCAGCUGAACGCCCCAGCAAGCCCUGGCCCCAGGAAACAAACACCUCACAGGUUUACGUAGCCUUUUACAACUAUACCGUGGCAAUUUCUACUCCUACUGCUAUGCCUCCCCUUCCCUCCAGCUAAAGCUGUUGAUGGUUCCCUCCUGCACGGGUUUCAGUAGGGCAGAACGGCAGGCCGGUGCAAGUGGGUGGAUACAUUUGCAAAGUGGAAUCCAGGUGCCUUUAAGGAGUUUACAGUCUAGUUCAGCAGUACAUGUGUAGCUUUGUUGUAUUAGCAAACUGCAUGUCACAGGAGUUUGGUGUACAGAUUAUUUCAUCAUCCAGACCCGUGACCAAGGUGUAGACUAAGAAGUGGAGUCAUGCUUCACACGGCCAUAUCAUGCUGGCAGCCAUUCCUGGGUCUGGCUGUGGUGUUAAUCUUCAUGGGAUCCACCAUUGGCUGCCCCGCUCGCUGUGAGUGCUCUGCCCAGAACAAAUCUGUUAGCUGUCACAGAAGGCGAUUGAUCGCCAUCCCAGAGGGCAUUCCUAUCGAAACCAAAAUCUUGGACCUCAGUAAAAACAGGCUAAAAAGCGUCAACCCUGAAGAAUUCACAUCAUAUCCUCUGCUGGAAGAGAUAGACUUGAGUGACAACAUCAUUGCCAAUGUGGAACCAGGAGCAUUCAACAAUCUCUUUAACCUGCGUUCCCUCCGCCUAAAAGGCAAUCGUCUAAAGUUGGUCCCUCUGGGGGUAUUCACGGGGCUGUCCAAUCUCACUAAGCUUGACAUUAGUGAGAAUAAGAUUGUCAUUUUACUAGACUACAUGUUCCAAGAUCUACAUAACCUGAAGUCUCUAGAAGUGGGGGACAAUGAUUUGGUUUAUAUAUCACACAGGGCAUUCAGUGGGCUUCUUAGCUUGGAGCAGCUCACCCUAGAGAAAUGCAACUUAACAGCAGUACCAACAGAAGCCCUCUCCCACCUCCGCAGCCUCAUCAGCCUGCAUCUGAAGCAUCUCAAUAUCAACAAUAUGCCUGUGUAUGCCUUUAAAAGAUUGUUCCACCUGAAACACCUAGAGAUUGACUAUUGGCCUUUACUGGAUAUGAUGCCUGCCAAUAGCCUGUACGGUCUCAACCUCACAUCCCUUUCAAUCACCAACACCAAUCUGUCUACUGUACCCUUCCUUGCCUUUAAACACCUGGUAUACCUGACUCACCUUAACCUCUCCUACAAUCCCAUCAGCACUAUUGAAGCAGGCAUGUUCUCUGACCUGAUCCGCCUUCAGGAGCUUCAUAUGGUGGGGGCCCAGCUUCGCACCAUUGAGCCUCACUCCUUCCAAGGGCUCCGCUUCCUACGCGUGCUCAAUGUGUCUCAGAACCUGCUGGAAACUUUGGAAGAGAAUGUCUUCUCCUCCCCUAGGGCUCUGGAGGUCUUGAGCAUUAACAACAACCCUCUGGCCUGUGACUGCCGCCUUCUGUGGAUCUUGCAGCGACAGCCCACCCUGCAGUUUGGUGGCCAGCAACCUAUGUGUGCUGGCCCAGACACCAUCCGUGAGAGGUCAUUCAAGGAUUUCCAUAGCACUGCCCUUUCUUUUUACUUUACCUGCAAAAAACCCAAAAUCCGUGAAAAGAAGUUGCAGCAUCUGCUAGUAGAUGAAGGGCAGACAGUCCAGCUAGAAUGCAGUGCGGAUGGAGACCCGCAGCCUGUGAUUUCCUGGGUGACACCCCGAAGGCGUUUCAUCACCACCAAGUCCAAUGGAAGAGCCACCGUGUUGGGUGAUGGCACCUUGGAAAUCCGCUUUGCCCAGGAUCAAGACAGCGGGAUGUAUGUUUGCAUCGCUAGCAAUGCUGCUGGGAAUGAUACCUUCACAGCCUCCUUAACUGUGAAGGGAUUCGCUUCAGAUCGUUUUCUUUAUGCGAACAGGACCCCUAUGUACAUGACUGACUCCAAUGACACCAUUUCCAAUGGCACCAAUGCCAAUACUUUUUCCCUGGACCUUAAAACAAUACUGGUGUCUACAGCUAUGGGCUGCUUCACAUUCCUGGGAGUGGUUUUAUUUUGUUUUCUUCUCCUUUUUGUGUGGAGCCGAGGGAAAGGCAAGCACAAAAACAGCAUUGACCUUGAGUAUGUGCCCAGAAAAAACAAUGGUGCUGUUGUGGAAGGGGAGGUAGCUGGACCCAGGAGGUUCAACAUGAAAAUGAUUUGAAGGCCCGCCCCUCACACUACUGUCUCUCUGUCAAUGUUGGUAAUCAGUUAAGACAGUAUGGCACGGUAAAUUACUAGAUUAAGAGGCAGCCAUGUGCAGCUGCCCCUGUAUCAAAAGCAGGGUCUAUGGAAGCAGGAGGACUUCCAAUGGAGACUCUCCAUCGAAAGGCAGGCAGGCAGGCAUGUGUCAGAGCCCUUCACACAGUGGGAUACUAAGUGUUUGCAUUGCAAAUAUUGGCAUUCUGGGGAUCUCAGUAAUGAACCUGAAUCUUUGGCUCAUGCUCACGGACAAUUAUUCAGCAUUUUCUACCACUGCAAAAACAAAAGAAAAAAUAAAAAAGAACAACCUACAGUGUAGGAUUUACAUAUUAAAAAGACACAUUUGUCUAAAACAUACUCUACAGAAAAAUUUGUAUCUAUGAUUAUCAUUUGUUAAAGCCUUGCAUCAUACCAUAUUGUUGGUUCAGUACCACAAAGAGAUCAAUAUAUUCUUUUCUUCCUUUUUUGAAACGUAUAUGCUGUACAUGUUUUAAAGCAAUAUGAAUGAGAGGUUGUGCUUUUAGUUACUCACCACUAUAGAUCCAAGUGUGAUUUCACCUUCCGUUACCUACAGAUAACCCUGAGACUAGAUCCCUGGAGUUAUGGGCAGAGAUAUUUUGAGAGAUGUGUUUGUCUGAUGUAGGAUGCCAAGAAACAGGACCCAAGGCAAAACUGCUCAACUCUGUUAACUUCUGUUACUAUAAAUAAAGGCAUGUGCCUAGUUUUGAUACAGAAUGGAAUAUUUUUUAUACUUGUAAUAAUAUCACACUGGACCAGUUUACUGUAACAAAGCCCUUGGUUUCUCCAGAAGGUGGUACACCACCAGAUGUACCUGUAAAAUGCAAGUUAUCUCCUACCUGAAGAAGAAUCAGAGAUUAUGUUCUUCCUUGACUUUCACUGGUGUCCUUUUUAUACCUUUUUUCUAUGACCCAGUCACCUAUAUCUCACAUGAGCUAUCCCAAAUGGAUUCUGUGGCAUCUGAAUCUAGUAACAAAACCUUUGGGACCAAAGGCAUUCCUUCUACUCAGCACUUAGGUAAAGACUUACUAUCUCUAUUACUACAAUUAACAUUCCCUGUUUGUUAGAUUCAUACAUCAUGUGCCUGGUUAUUUCCAUUGAUUUUCCACCAUUGGCUUUGGGAGCUCCUUUUAAUUCCUUUCAGCUAGAACCCUUGAUGUUUUUCUGACUGAGGAGUUUGGGGAUUAUUCUGCCUUUGGGUGUAGAAAGGUUUGAGGAAUGAAAUAUUAUUUGAUUUGUUUGAUUUUUGAAUUUUCUAUUUUGGUUAGGCAACAGAGGGUGUUUUCUGGUACUUUGGCAAACACUUGACAUGAAUCUCUCAGUGAUGCUCCCCUUUUCACCUUCAAAAGCCAUUCCCAAAAGAGCCUUCUCAUUUACACUCCAGCUGGGAAAGGACAGCUUUACAACAUAGGUCUACAAGAUAAAGUGAUAGCUGAUUGCUGUGAUGUUUAGCUCAAUUAACCUAAUAAACAUUGGGUCCAGGGGCCGUAUGUCUAGGCUUGCAAGGAUUAGCCAAGUAAACAAGGUUUUAAAUCAACAGUUAAUGACAUGUUUUUGACUCUGAAAGUGGUUUGUCUGUUUGGAGAACAGUGAGUGUAACUGCAUGUUUUCUCAAAAAAUGGUAGGGACUAGAACUUCCUUAUCUUGCGUGAGACUUUUAACAAAUGGUCUAGGAUGAAAUGUGUCCAACAACAACAAAAUACAUAAUUAAGAUGUUUGUAAAAGGUUUAUUUUUCUAAAAUAGGACUGGGGCUGAUGUUACUCUUUCCAAAUUUGGGAGUUUGAUCAGGACAAGCUUGCAUGUGCCCCAGACUGCCCUUUCUCAAGUUUACCAAGGUCUUUAAUACUUCUUCUCCCUCCCUGACCCGCUUCUCCCUGGAGAACAUCCUGAAUAGGAAGGAGAAAAAGAGCAGGAACUAAAGUCCCCUGAGACAGCCCACAGAAGGAGAAAGGCUUUGGUAUUCCCCCACAUUCUUGCCUCCUUUUCCUGAUGCAGCAAUUGAAAUGAUCCUUCACUCUCUGCCUACUCACCACUGUCACUUCUCAGCUGCUGCCAUCCUCAUCAAUGAACGUUCUCUCCAGGGAUAAGUCUUCUUUCAUUGGUAACUGAGAUUCUUGGGUAAUUGUUAAACUGGAAAUUGCUUUAAAAAAAAAAAAAACCCUCCAGCUAUCUCAUAUAACACUUUAAAAGUUAAGACUUACCAUUCACAUAAUCACAAGCUGACAGCAAUCUGCAGGUUGAGUGAUUCUAAUUUUUUUCCUCUCCCUUCCAGAAGCAGGUGGGUUGAUAUAAUGCCAGCCUUAAAUAGAAAGCUUUAUUUAUAGCCUUAGCAGAAUGAGAAAAGAGCUGGCAUAAUCAGGAGAGUACUUCACAUUUUAAAGAAGACUUUACCUUUAAUAUGCAAAAUAGUCAUUAGAAGACAACAAAAAUGCAAAUUUAUGUUUUACUAAAUUGCUUAACUAUAUUCCAAUAAAGUUCAAAAGAUAACUGUCCAUACUGAAUAUGGGUCAGAGUCAAAGACUUUAUGCCUGUUCUAAAAGGACCAAAAAAAAAGCAGAAAUUUGGUUGCCAUGUUAAUUUUAUUUUGUUGCACACCUCCUAUUCUAAAUUGCUUUAAUAUCUUUACACUGCAAUAUAUUGAGUAAAGUCAACUAUACAAUAUAAUCAAAUAAUAAACAGGAGAUUAAUUCAGACUUGCAAAAAAAUUUUUUCAUUCUUUACAAUGUAUGUCCAGCAGCAAACUGAUAUAUAUAUAUAUAUAUAUAUAUAUAUAUAUGUAUCUGUGUGAUAACAAGAGAUUGGAAUUGGCAUGAACAAACUUUGUAUAGAGGCUAUUUGGAAGAAAACAUGCUGUUUUUCUCCCCAGUUAUAAAAUCAGGUAUAUCAUAAACACCUGAGUUGCUUCAUACACAAGACAGUUGUCUUCAGGUUUUUUCCAUAUGGUAUAGAAUGCCCCAAAUCAUAAUUAAUUUCUAUUGUUUAUAUAUACACAUAUAAAUAUGUGGGGAAGGGUGGUUAGAUUUUUUUGUGUUUAAAUUAUAACUAUUUUAAAAGUUGACAAGCCUGAGCAGGAGAAAAAGAGACAGAAUGUGUAUCUGUGUUUUCCUUUAAUGUCUUUUAUCAAAAUCCUAUUUUGAGAAUAUCCCAUGAUUGAAAGUUAAUAACCAAGAACCUAACAAAACUUUUCCUAAAAAAUGCCUGAAAGUUUUUGUUUUCAAAAAAUUAAUGCUGAUGACAAAAGUAUCUUGAUUUAGCUUUGCAUCUCAUUAGCUAUUGGUUAAUUGUUAUGGGCAUGUUUUUUUUAACAUGUAAAAACAAAUUAACUUAUUAACAUGUAAAGUAAGUUAAGAAAACAUGUUUUCUUUGCUGAUGAAAGGGCUUAAGCAUCUGACAUCUCAGUUAAAGUCAUUGAAAUAUUAAUAAGAAAUGAAAUGCAAUAUGAGACAAUCGGAGUCAUAAAAAUAUCUUCUUAUUGAGAGAAGUAGGUUAUAUGAGUCUCACAGGGAACGUGAGAUAUCACUGUAUUAAUUAGUAAUCCCCAAUACUGUCAGAGAUGAAGCAGGUCCAGUGGAAUCUCAUUCAAAUGCUAAGGUGAGUGGAGACAACUCAGAGAGGAAUCAAAAGACAGGCUUAUCCAGCUACAUAAAUUUACAAAGGGGUCAUAGUUCAACCUGCUGGGCAUCCAAAUUUAUGUAAUAUCAACCACACUCUAAAGAUAUUCCACUUUAGUGGAGUUAAAUCCUGUAUCACUUGCAAAAGUAUCUCAAAUUCAUGUGACUUAAUUACAUAAGCAAGUAAUGGGCAUAACUUAAGGCAUAAGAUCUAUUUGAGCAAGAACUGAAGGGUUCAGCAAGCCGUACAUACAACACCACCAUCUAGUUUUUCUUUCUGAGUUAGCCUUCAUUCAGCCAAAUGAUUCAAAACGUUGUGUCAAGUAGGAAGGCACAAAAAAAAUAAAAAGAGAAACAUCUUUAUUCUUCAAGCAAAUUGAAAAAAGGGAAAGAGAAAAUUGUCUAGUGUUAAAGAGGAAAUGAAUUGAAAAUUUUUAAACUCCUCUUGGGCUGAGAGUGAAGGUGCCCUCUCUUUACCUUUCAUACUUGAGGGAAUGGGCUUUAGCGAGAUGUGUUCAGGCAGGUGUCAUCAUCUAGGGUAUCAUCUUUACUCCCUGUGGCUCAUUAGAUGGCUUCCAGUGAAGAAGGAGGAGGCAGAGAAGGAAGCAGAAAGCUGACAGUCAUGGUACCUGGAAGUCACAUUGUUAGAUAACAAGAAAGUCUGGGAUUCAUCUCAGGAAGCAACAAACAUACAAAUACUGAGACUGUUAGCAAGAAAUCAGAAAAGGUCCCUUUGCUAUUUUUUUUUCUUUAUUUUUUUUUUCUUUGAGAUGGAGUCUCACUCUGUCAACAGGCUGGAGUGCAGUGGCGUGAUCUCGGCCCACCGCAACCUCCCCCUCCCGGGUUCAAAAGAUUCUCCUGCCUCAGCCUCCCCAGUAGCUGGGAUUACAGGCACCCAUCACCACGCCCAGCUAAUUUUUGUAUUUUUUUAGUAGAGACAGGGUUUCACCAUGUUGGCCAGGAUGGUCUCGAUCUCCUGACCUCGUGAUCCGCCCGCCUCAGCUUCCCAAAGUGCUGGGAUUACAGACAUGAGUCACUGCACUCGGUCUGCUAUUCUUUAAUUGCAAAAUGAAAAGCUUGCCCCUAGAGAGAGAAUUUCUUGAAAAUUUUCUGUCAAUGCCAGAGCUGCUCUGGUCAGAGUCACAUCUCUAACAGUGGGCUUUUAUUUUAUGCUACUAAAUCAGUAAGACUAAAACAAAGGGCCAUUUCCCAUAAACAUAGUUUUGAAUGUGUUGGGUAGACAUCUUGCCAAUCAAUAUUAGGAAUUAGCUUGUCCAGUAAACUCACCAAUCAGGGAUAAGAUGGUCCCAAUACUUCAGGACUUGUACUUAAACAAUGGGAAGAAGAUAAUAUCAUGAAGUCAAAGCUAAACAUACUUUUAACUCAGUGGCCUGGCUUCUGACUCGGCACCUUAAAGACUUUCUGGUCAUGUAUUCUUUCACAAAUUUAGAAGUUCAUCAUAGUUUUGUGUUUCUGUUUCUGUUUUGUUUCUUCUUUCUUUCAUUUUUCUGUCAUGAGCAUACUGCCCUUGCUAGAUGGCUGUUAAUGUUUUUGUGUUGUUUGAUACAGUCGAAAUAAAAAUUAGGAGUUUCUACCUUCUCCCUUUAAGGCAGAUAAGCUUGUUGUACAACCCUAUAUUCUUCUCUUAAUUACUUCAUUAUCAGACCUAAAACACAGGACAUGAAGAUUAAUGUGGAAUAAAGCCAAGUUAAGGAGAAAAUUGAGAAACCUGAGGGGAAAUUUGCCUACUAUUUCUGCCACUGAUUGGUGGAAAAUCUGAAAACACUGGCUUCUAGGGCUUGUCACACUGGUGCCUUUCAUCAACUCUUAUAAAUAACUAAAUGCAAAAAUUAUGACCCUCUAUCCAAAAAAAAUGUGUUGGGAAGGAGAUCCCUUAUUAUAGCUAUGCAGGUAUUGUUUUAUUCCAUAACGCUGUCAUUGGCAAAUCAGGACAUGUCAAUAAAUCUCUCAAAAUAGUAUAUGUAUAUUAAUGGCAGAAUGACACGUAUAUACAUAUCUAUUACUAAGAACCAUCUGGAGAAAAAAAUUUAAAAAUAAAAAAAAAGAUAAGGCAGAUGGAAAAUAUGUGGAUUCUCCCUAUUCUGUUUGCUAAUAAAGAAAACUAAGAACUCACCUGAAUCACCCCAGAGUCAGGGUCUCAGAGAUGAAAACCCAAGGAGAGUCUCUGCAAAAAGAACAGAGUGCGAGAGAGGAUACCUCUUUGAUUGAAAUACCUAAAUCUUUUAUGUGAUUGUAAAAGUUAGAUCUAUAGUGAAUAAUUUUGUAUUGCCACAUUGGGAGAUAAAUUUGUUUACCAGAUCCCCAUCUAAGGCAGAAGUAACAUUUAUGUGAACCUUUUCUAAUGACAGCAUCACUAUUCGUAUUAUUUCCAAGCACAAGAGAGCAAGUAUGCGAGUACCAUAGCACAGAGACAAUUCACUACAUCUAGUCUAUUCCUUUAGCCAUGGGCUAUUAGCUGGAUGUACAAAAGACUAAUAGGUUACAUCCAUUCUAUACAUGCAGGGCUCUCAUAAAAGUUAAACAAACACUUCUUCAAACCCACACACACAAAUCCACACUGUGGCAUCCAGAGUUCCUUUAAGCCUCACGCUGUAUCAGUACAAACAUCCUACAGGGAAUUAAUUCACUGAGCACAGAACAAAUGUGUAAUGCAAAGAGAUUACCAAGUCACCUCUACCACCUUGAUUUAUAUAAGCUCUUCUAUUUUAGCAACACCUGGAGCAUCCAGUAGUCUGUGCUUCAGUGGUCUCAAGAGCUCUUCAUGGCACUACUGUAAGAAAGUUGCUGGCUUUAAUGCAGGGCUGGUUUCAAUAUAGGGCAGCUGUUUUCUGCUGUGAGUCUUCUGGGGGAAAGAGAAUGGGUUCACAGAAACUGAAAGUAACUGAAAAAUGUAUCCUGGCUGGUGAGUGUAGGGAAGAGUAGUUCACUGUUCUGCUGGUUGAAUAUAUUUUCAAAAGAACAUUUAAUAAGAAUUGGAGAACACAAGCAUUUCAAAUAAAUGGCAAUGAUCAUAUGAGCAUAUAUAAGAGAAUUUAAUUGCCGAGGAAAAUGGAUGUUUAUGCAUAUCACAUUGCCUCUAAUAUUGAUCUUGAGUUGGUUUCCAAAUUGAUAAGUAAAUACAUUCUAUAUUGAAAAUCAUUUUAAAUGUCUAUAUCUUUUAAAUAUUGCCAAUAAUUAGCUUAAAUACACGCCCUCAGAAUAUUCAGGAAUCUACUCAGUUCUUUCCUUCCCAUCCUUGAUUAGAAGUUAAAAAUCAGAUUUCUCUAGCUUUGUCUUAAAAGAUACAGAAAAUUUAAUUUUCCACUUAUCCAAGCACAAUCUCCUUUCAUUCAUUUACUCAUUUAAUUAUGCAACAUCUGCCGAGUAUCCAUUAUCAUAGUAAUCGAGCUGCCCAUCACUGAAGUUGUUAUCAAACUGUGGUUCAAACCUCAAUCCUGCGUUUCUCCACAUUAACUCCUUUGGCUUCCAUAUUGAUUGCAACUUGUGUCUCAUUCUGUCAUCUAAAUCAUGUGGUUUAGAGAUAGGCCUUAGUGUCCACCUGGCCAGGCACAAGUCUGGCGUUAAGGACCUACCUGCUUUAAUGAUCCACUCUCAGGGAGUCAGAACAGUUAAGUACUAAAAAGACAAGGAUCUGGAGUGAGAGUCCCUAGGGCUAUGUCACUGGAUUCAUGUUUCUUUAUGGGCAAGCUACUUAACAUCUCUGCAUCCCCAUCUCUCAAAAUAACCAUAACACUACCUACCUCACAAGGGUGCUGUGAGGCUUACCAUGAAAAGCAUGAGGAAAUGGUAUACAGAAUUGGGGACCUAGUAGAAAGGUGCGACAGGAUUAGAGUAACUAGAUGUCAUUGAGUAUGAACCCUGCUUUCCCUGGGAGCCCUAGGUUUGCCAGAAUAUGUCUAAUCUCUUUACGGCUAGAAUCUAAAAUGGUGUUGGCCAUCGAUUGGCUUAGGUUAUCUUUAAUGUCAUUGACUUUUACAAAAUUCAUAACACCUCUUUCUCAGAGAGAUGCUGGAUUGGAAAAAUUAUUAAAUUAAUUUUAACAAAGGAGAACAAAAAUGAUUCACUUCCAGGUGCUGGGUGUAGGGGAACAGUUGUUUAUUUCAAUAUGAAACAAGAGUUUGAAUGGGUAUCUUCAAGGGGAUGCAUUUUAUUGGAGACAUUUAUUGCCUGGGGCUUUCUGUUUUCAGUCUGACUCCCCAGCUUUCUGUAUCAUUGUUUUCACAUACAUCCCCUUUUCUCCUUUAUUGGAAGAGAAGCUAUAAUUCUCCUCAUUUCAUGAUAAUUCUUUUCAGUCUGUUUUGCUCAAAGGACAAAUUCUUUUCAACAACUAUUGUAAUUAUUUUCUUAAAGGGCCAUUUUUAAUUGCCAUAUUGUUUAGCUAAGCCCUAUUGUCUUGGUGUCCUUCAAAACUGUCAGUUGCUUUAAAAUAUAGGGGUGGGAGGGGAAGCUGAUAAGCACAUUGUUGUAAUUGAUUUGUAUGUUUGAAUUGUCUUAUCAGAAAACAAGGUUAUGAAUUUCAUCUGUUGAGACACAAAAAUAAAAUACUUUCUUAAAAAAUU